AUGGAAGACUCAACUGGUUCAAAAAAGAAUUCGGAAAAGAAAGCUCGCGUUUUCGAUCUUCAAGCGAUGAUGGCGCAGGCGUUGAGCAAUGCACCAAAGACGGAAGAGCCCACUCAUAUUCCACAAUCUGUACCGGUUUCAUCAACAUCAGAAUCCGGAGUUUCUUCGUCGGCUGUGUCGGAUGAUGAUGAUGAUUUUAUGCCAGCUCUCCCACCCGGUUUUCAAAAGACGAAUGAUGAAGCUGGUCCCUCAUCAUCUUCCCGAAACAAUGAAGAGGACAGUGAUGAUAGCGAUUUCGAUGAGACAGAAGCAAUUUCAAUUAUUAAGCUGAUCCCGGCUGCGUGUGAAGCGAAAAUUAGUCAUGGUACACAAGCUAUAAGUGCUCUCCGGGUGGAACCACCUGGUGUUCGAUUUGCUAGUGGUGGACUAGAUUAUUAUGUGAAGUUGUUUGACUUCCAAAAAAUGGAUAUGUCGUUGAGACACGACAAAGAGUUACUGCCCGCAGAAAGCCACGUCAUCAACUCGUUGGCUUUCUCUCCAAACGGAGAAACUCUUGUAGUUGCCAGUGGAGAAGCCAUCAUUCGGCUACUUGAUCGUGCCGGCAAGCAGUGGUCCGAAACUGUUCGUGGAGAUCAGUACAUCGUUGAUCUGAACAUUACGAAAGGACACACCGCUACUGUGAAUUGCGUGGAGUUCAAUCCUCUCAACAAAAAUGAGUUUUUGUCUUGUUCUGACGAUGGAAGUUUACGCCUUUGGAGUUUGGAAGAUCAUAAGGUCAUUACUAAGUGUAUUAACAAGCACAGAAAAGUUAUCAAAACGAAAGGAGCACAUGGAAAACGUGUCAGCCCACAAGUGUGUACAUACUCUCCGGAUGGAAAAUGGAUUGCUGCAGGUUGUGAUGACGGAUCAGUACAAGCUUGGAAGUACGGUUCACAAUAUGUUAAUGUCAAUUAUCUUGUUCGUAAAGCUCACAAUGGUUCUAUUACUUCUAUUGCAUUCUCUCCGGACUCCAAACGACUGUUGUCGCGAGGAUUUGACGAUACUUUGAAGAUGUGGAGUUUGGAUAAUCCAAAAGCGCCCCUCCUAGUCAAAACUGGGCUUGAAAAUGCUUUCAAAAGUACCGAUUGUGGAUUCUCGCCUCGUGCAGAAGUUGUGUUCACUGGAACGUCUUCUCCCAAUAAAGACACCCCUGGUACUCUUCAAUUCUUCAACCCAAUGACGUUUGAACUUGUCUACAAAAUCGAUUUCCCCGGAAUUUCUUGUCAUCGAAUCCAAUGGCAUCCUCGUCUGAAUCAAAUUAUAGUCGGACUUUCUGAUGGUACUAUUCAUGUGUAUUAUGAUCAGACGAUAUCGCAGCGUGGUGUUAUGUCAUGUGUUACCAAACCAUUGAAGAGAAAUCGGGCGUCUGAAGUGGUUCGCGAGGAUAUGGUACUUUCACCACUUUCCCUGGAAAUGUUCCAACCACGAGGAGAAGAGGGAGAAGAGAAAGAAGUCACCGGAUGGAGAAUCAAGAAAUAUCUUCGUAUGCAAGAUAAUAAGCUUCGUCCUGAAUUCCGUAAACCUGCGGAUAUGCCAAUAAAUGGAAAGAGUGCAAACGGACGAGUUGCUGCCAGUGGUGGAAGUCUUCACUCUUAUUUGGCUAAACAGAUCGGAACUGCUCGUAAUGCUGAGUUCCUCCGGGAUACCGAUGUCCGUGCCAGUAUCUUGAAGCACGCCAAAGACGCGGAAGAAAAUCCGUUGUAUAUUGACAAAGCUUAUCGGAAGACGCAACCAAAGAAGAUUUUCCAAGAUACCACAGUCGAGCCAGAAGAUCAAGAUGAUGAAGAGCUACAGCCUGUAUUCAAGAUGCCAAGAACGAAAUAA